AUGGAAGUAAAAACUUGGCCAGACAGCAAUAUACAACCCUUUAUUCUUGUUACACAUGAUGAAUGUAUCUUUUCUGCUAAUAAUAGAAGUCAAAGCCUUUGGAUUCCUAAUGGUGAACAACCUUUACAAAAAAAAGCAUGUUUUCCAGAAUGCCAAGCCUUGUUCGUAUUUAACAAUGCAACAAGCUAUGCUAUUUUUUCACUUGAUGCACUUAUUGCCAACCAUAUGAACCUUGGUCCUGCUAGAAAACAGAAGAUACUGCAUAGCAUAUUAUAUUUUUGUAAGGGAAUAAGACAUGACCAGGAUAUGAUUUUUUCAUCAGAUUAUUAUACUCUUGAAUUGCGUAGAGAAGCUAAAGGAUUAAGAGAAGUUCUAAGAGGGAGAGGAUUGUGGUCAGAAAAAGAAUUAAAAUUAAAAGAA